AGAAGACAUUUCAUGGACACAAGUUUCUGAGCUUACACAGAAUCAAAUGAUUCACACUUGAAUUCAUUCACCUCCAUACACACUCAAUCGUUGUAAGGACUACGAAUUUUUUGCAUUGACCAGAGGAAGAAAAUUAGCAAAAGCCAUGGAGAACUCAACCCAAGUCAAGUUAUUUUAUCUCUUUGGCUUACAAGAGACAAACAACAGAUCGGUUUAUUUUAUAUUGCCUCUUAUCACAUACCUUCUCAUCAUCACUGUGAAUCUGCCUCUGAUCAUAACAAUCAUUCAGGAGAAAGGUCUCCAUGAGCCCAUGUAUAUCUUUCUGUGUAGUUUAUGUAUCAAUGGAUUGUAUGGAACUGCUGGUUUCUACCCCAAGUUCUUACUGGACCUUCAGUCAGAUGUUCAGGUGAUAUCUUAUGGUGGAUGUUUCACUCAAGCCUAUGUCAUAUACACAUCUGUCAUGUGUGAACUUUCUACUCUAACAGUGAUGUCUUACGACAGGUAUGUGGCAAUAUGUAGACCACUACUAUAUCAUACAAUUGUCACAUCUUUAACUGUUAGAAAGUUACUCUUAUUGUCUUGGUGUUAUCCUUUAUUUAUAGCACUCAUAGCAGUUAGUUUAGCUGUCAGAGUUCCUUUGUGUGGAUCUCGCAUUGAUAAGAUCUUCUGUGACAUUCCGUCUAUACUGAGACAUGCAUGUUUACCCAUAACCAUCAACCAGAAUUUGAACAAAUUUGUAAUAGUGGUUCAUGUUUUACAGUUACUUUUCAUUGUAUUUUCGUACUGUCAGAUUGUCAGGACUUGUGUAAAUUCAGCUAAGGGAAGGAUUAAGUUCACACAGACAUGUGUGCCACAUUUAAUAACGAUAUUUAUUUUCAUCACGGUGACCCUGUUUGACAAUUUGCAAGGGUGGAAUAAUGUAAAUAGUACACUAAAUAUGCGUAAUGCAAUGGCCGUACAAUUCCUUGUUAUACCACCUGUCUUUAACCCUGUCAUAUAUGGACUUAACCUCCAGCAGAUUCGAAGUGCAGUUUUUAGAAAGUGUAAUGCGCAUAAAAUCAUUGAUAUGAAACGUUAGUUACAUGAUCUUACACACCAGGGAAACUGCUUUAUAUCAGAAGCAAGGAUAAAAUGCACCUUGGUCAACCAAGAAGUAGUCUUUUUUUUCAACCAAUCGAUUUGUCUACAUUUUAAAACAGAUUUUUCAUAUACAGACACAUCCAAUGUGCCUAUUUAUCUUACCAUUUCUACCAACCUGCGAGACAGUUUGGAUUUUCAUAGGCACAUAUUCAUGGAACACUUUCAUUUAAUUAUUAAUAGUCUUUGUAUCUCAAAAUCAUUGUCUGUGGUUAAUCCACCUUCUACAAUCAUCGAUAUGAAACAUUAAUUACAGGAUCUUACACAACAGGGAGACUUUCUCAUAUCAGAUAUCAACAAAAAUAACAGUCAAAUCUGCCAAAACUGUUAUAAUGUUAAAUGGUGCCUUAUUUUUUGAAAUUGCAAGCAGUGCAACUCUGGUUUUAGAAGAGCAGGGGGGUCUGGGGGUCCUCCCUACAUUUUCUGGGGCAUCUAAUUCAAAUUUCCUGCAUUUCUACAAGUACACAACAACAACAACAAAAACCUUGGUAUUUCAAGUUCAACAUUUUUAAACAGAUUUUUCCAUAUAUAGACACAUCCAAUGUGCCUAUUUAUCUUACCAUUUCUACCAACCUGCGAGACAGUUUGGAUUUUCAUAGGCACAUAUUCGUGGAACAGUUUCAUUUAAUUUAUAAUAGUUUCUAUCUCAAAAACAUUGUCUGUGGUUAAUCUACA